AGAUUGCUUUUAUUUCUGGGUCGGCUAAAUACUCAGCCGUCCAUUAAAAGAACCAUUCGAGAAGUUUGUUGAAAGAGCUAACGCUAUGUUGUUAAUGGGGACGAUUCAUUUGCCUGUCACAUCAUGGCUUGUUGAAAUCGUUCUGUUUACGAAACUUUUGGGAGCAGAUUAUUUGACCCAAUUGAAUCUAUUGCAUUUCACAAGCUUAUUUUUGGUCAAAAUUAUCAGGGGGAGAGGACACGACGAUCAGAGACGUAAUCUGCCAUUGGUACGACGAUAGAGAUUUAUGGGUUUUGCAAGCAGUCAUCUGUAAUCUCUGAUUAUUGGUUUUUUCAUGGCAGCAAUAAACAGUUUCGUCGCUCAAAGGGUUCUUCCAUACACAAAACCUGAAAAACCGCACUUGAUUCCGGCUAUUCAUUUCACCAACAACAUUAGAAAAUUCAACCCAUCUGGUAAUUUGAUCCUCUCGAUCGUUAGAAGAAGAAGAUGGGGCGUUAGGUCGGUCAGUGAAGACCAACAGUUGAUUCGUUUGGAAGAACAUCGUUCGAAGGAUGAACACAGCUUAUCCCUUAAUGGGUCUGAGAAAAUUGAGGAAUAUUCUUCCUCCUCUUCUUCUUCUUCUUCUUCUUUCUCUGAAGAGAAGGGAGCAGAUGAAGUGUUGAAGGGUUUCAGUGGCAGAGCUGUAAAUGCUACCAUUGUUUUGGGAUUUGGAACCUUGCUGGUCACUAAAUUGCUUACCAUCGAUCAUGAACUAUGGCAUGGAUGGACCUUGUAUGAGGUGCUAAGAUAUGCACCUGAGCACAAUUGGAAUGCCUAUGAAGAAGCUCUCAAAACGAACCCUGUUUUAGCUAAAAUGAUGAUAAGUGGAAUCGUCUAUUUUUUCGGAGAUUGGAUUGCUCAAUGUUAUGAAGGGAAGCCACUGUUUGAGUUUGACAGGGCACGCAUGUUUAGAUCAGGUCUUGUUGGAUUUUCUCUCCAUGGAUCUCUUUCUCAUUACUACUACCAAUUCUGUGAGGUUCUCUUCCCGUUCAAAGAUUGGUGGGUGGUUCCUGUGAAAGUUGCAUUUGAUCAAACUGUCUGGUCUGGGGUGUGGAAUAGCAUAUAUUAUGUGGUUUUGGGAAUUCUUCGUGCAGAAUCUAUAACCGAUAUCUAUGGCGAACUGAAAUCGACAUUUUGGCCAAUGCUUACAGCAGGUUGGAAACUUUGGCCAUUUGCUCAUCUCAUAACUUAUGGUGUUAUUCCUGUUGAGCAAAGGCUUCUCUGGGUGGACUGUGUGGAGCUCAUCUGGGUCACCAUUCUCUCAACUUAUUCAAACGAGAAAUCUGAAGUACGAAUAAGUGACGAGGCAUCAACAGGAGAAAACGAAGCUUCACCGAGCAGUCAAUCAGACAAGGAUCAAAUAUGAUGGGCAGAGUUGGCCAGACAGAACAGAAUAGUUAUUGUUUUAUUCCUGAAACAGAUUGUAAAAUGUCUGUUGGAUUUUAGUUGUAGAUCCAAUUACAACAGUAUGCACAUGCACAUAAAAAAUGCAAUUUACAGCAUUUCAUUUUCCAAGAAGAUGAAGUAUCAUCAAUAAAAAUAACUUUCAUUCCCA